CGAUUUCUCUUUUUCUUUUUCUUAUUAAUUCGGAAAUAAUAAUAGAGACGAUACGAGUGCAACCAAACACGGCAGAUUGCGCAUAGUGAAGGCUGAUAUUACUAGUCGGUCUGUUGAAGAGAGAGAGAGAAAGAAAGAAAGGACAAGGGAUAGAGAUAGGAGAAGGACGUAAACACGGGAUCUACAUCGGAUAUCCAUCCAUCAACCACUCGGCCGAGGGCUUAGAGCCAUACGCAACUAUGUCGCUCGGUCCACUUACAACGAGCUUCACGCCACCGGCCGACUGCGUCGCAUCGUCAGCGCUGUACUGGGUCAACACCGCUUCAACCUUCUACUGGCUGCACGGCCGACCGGGACAAUCAUCGUGCUUCCCUGACGACUACUCUCCCUAUCAAAAUCAGUAUUACAGUCCCGGAGUAUGCCCUUCUGGCUAUACGCGCGCCUGCGAGUCUAUAUCGACCGCGGGGGGUACAAUCGUCGCCACGCGGGCGACAUGUUGUCCGCAAGGGAACUACGAAUGUGCUCCUACGUCGAGCAGCUAUAGCUACCCGUGGGGACCAACGCUAGGUUGCAUGUCCGUAUACAGAGUAAACACGGAGACGAGCUUCACGACCAUCGAUGGCACGCUGAAUGGGGAUGAGGAAGCCGGAUCGGUGACGAGUUUGUUCGCUCCCGGUACCAUCAUGGCGUACGGCGUUGUGAUCCAGAACAGUCCCGCGACGACGACGGCAGAGGAGACGGCAACCGUAGUUUCCGGAUCGUUGUCAGACAGUUCCGCCCCCGCAUCGGAAACUUCGCCCUCGACAUCAACGACAGCGGAAGCGCAACCUGAUAGCGACGGGCGUACCAGGCUUAGUGCCGGUGCCGCCGCCGGUGUCGGCAUUGGUGCUGCAUUCGUGGUUCUGGCACUGGGCGCGGUGAUAUUGUGGAUGUUUUGGUCGCGGCGGCGGAAGAGGAGGCAAGAGGCGGCAGAACUGCAAGAAGCCCAAGCAAACAUGAUGGGUCCUAGUAACUGGAGUUCGACGACGUGGGGCGCGCCGCCCUUUACCCAACCGCCAAUGCAUGUCAACUGGCCGCCGUCAGAGCUACCUAAUGAGCACGGCGUCAAAGAGAUGAGUGCCGAAUCUCGAAUACCUAUCGAGGCGGACAGCAGAGCAGUGUAUCAACGGUAGUUACCGUAGUUAAGGGAAAGCUAGGAACUAGGCGAGCGAAUGUUU